AUGGGGAAGGCGCCGCUCCGCUCUGCGCUUUGCCGGGCGGCGGCACUUGGCAGACGCUCCCCGGGCCGUUCCUCCGCCUUCGCUCUGCGCCGGAAGCGGGAGACGCUCCCUAACCCUCCCGCGGCGGAGGGGGGGGCAUGGCCAUCGCUGCUGAAAUACUAUAGCCACACCGACAGUGUUAGCUGGCUUGAAGAAUACAAAGCACGGCACAAUGCUGGUCUAGAAGCCCAGAGAAUUGUAGCAUCGUUCUCCAAAAGGUUCUUUUCAGAACAUGUUCCCUGUGAUGGAUUCAGUGACAUUGAGACUCUCGGGUGCCCAAGUCAUUUUUUUGAGGAUGAGCUGAUGUGUAUCCUUAACAUGGAAGGAAGGAAAGGUCUCACCUGGAAGUACUAUGCAAAGAAAAUUCUAUACUUCCUACGGCAACAGAAUAUAUUAAAAAAUCUGAAGGAGUAUCUUCAACGCCCGACUGAUCGGCAGUCAUUUUUGGAGGGUGCUGUUUUAAUUGACCAAUACUGUAACCCAUUGUCGGACAUCUGCUUAAAAAGUGUCCAGGCGCAGGUGGAUGAUAUCACAGAUAAAGUGCGCAAAGUCCUGCGGACGAAAAAUCCAAGGCACCCCAGCUUGGCUUCCAAGGCAGGAGAAGUCCUGAUUCCAGAAGUGGAGCUUCAGCGGCAGGUGCUUGAUGCUAUGAAUUGUGUCCUAUAUGAGCAGUUAAAAUACAAAGGAAAUGAGCUGGAUUACUAUAACUCCCUGAAUUCGUACAUUCACCAGGUUUUGAUCCGCAGGACAGGAAUUCCCAUCAGUUUGUCUGUGCUUUAUUUAACAAUUGCCAGGCAGCUGGGAGUCAAACUUGAACCAGUCAACUUCCCUAGCCAUUUUCUACUGCGAUGGUGUCAAGGAAAAGAAGGAAGCACAGAUAUUUUUGACUACACCUACAUUGACGCCUUUGGGAAGGGGAAGCAGCUGACGGUGAAGGAGUGUGAGUACCUUAUUGGCCACCAUGUGACAGAGGAGUUCUAUGGAGUGGUGACUUCAAAAGAGGUCUUGCAGCGUAUGGUGGGAAAUCUCUUAAACCUUGGCAAGCGAGAAAGCACUGAUCAGUCUUACCAACUCUUGAGAGACUCGUUGGAUCUCUACCUGGCCAUGUAUCCGGACAAUGUGCAGCAUCUAAUGCUCCAGGCUAGGUUAUACUUCCACCUGGGAAUCUGGCCAGAAAAGGUUCUGGACAUCUUGCAGCAUAUUCAGGCUUUGGACCCAUCCCAGCAUGGGGCCGUCGGGUACUUAGUUCAACAUACCCUAGAGCAUAUUGAGCGCCGGAAGGAGGAGGUGGGACCUGAGGUGAAGCACCGUUCAGAUGAGAAGCACAAAGAGGUCUGCUUUUCAAUCGGGCUGAUUAUGAAACACAAGAGAUAUGGCUAUAACUGCGUGAUUUAUGGCUGGGAUCCCGCCUGCAUGAUGGGGCAUGAAUGGAUCCGGAACAUGAACGUCCACAGCCUUCCACAUGGCCCCCACCAGCCUUUCUACAAUGUGCUAGUGGAAGAUGGCUCUUGCAGAUAUGCUGCUCAAGAGAACCUGGAAUAUAACUCUGAGCCUCGGGAGAUCCCUCACCCUGACAUUGGCCGCUAUUUUUCAGAGUUUACCGGCAUUCACUACCUAGCAAAUACCGAGCUAGAAAUUCGGUACCCGGAGGAUUUGGAGCUCACACGUGCCACAGUUCAGAAGAUCUACAGUUCAGGCAAGGAGUGAGUGCGAAAGGCAUCGUGAGGACAGAAGCAGCUGGAGUGUAGCUUUACCUUCUUUGCAAAACUUGCGUGGAAGGCAAGUUUGGUGACAAUCCUUUGGCUUCAUGCAUUGAAAACUGCACUGAACUUUGUAACUGGUGCUAUAGCAUCUUUCUGUUGCCUGCCUGCCCAUUCUGGCCCAAAGGCACAGGGACACAUUGGUAGUUGAGGCCAGGCGUAAGGAUCUUGCAGGGACAGUCAUGCUAGGAAGCGCAUUGUCCUUCGGAAGGAUUUGCGCAUACUACUCGUUCUGUGAUUGUCUUGCCUAGAAGGUCGACACACUGAGAUCCCUGGUGCGGAAUACGGAAGAACCCUGUCUUCCAGAGAAGGAAGUUGCUUGUCCUUGCAGUGUUGUGGGUUUUUUGUUUGGUUGUGAUUUGGGUUGGGUUUUUUUUUUUUAUGUGUAUCUCAUGCAGGUGAUAGUUUUUAAAGUCUCUUACGUUACAUUGUUGUCUUCUCUGGUCUGAAUUUUUGGUCAGAUUUUGCUUUACCUCUGUAGUCUGAUUGUUCAUAGAGCUACCGUUCCAAUUCUGAAUAUCCUUACAAGCCUGGGAAAGAGCCCCGGCCACAAAAACGGCAGCAGCUAGGCUUCCGAGGGUGGCAAGCACAGUGGUAACACUGAGGUCCAGUUGGUCACCUUGCUGAUGAUACAAACUCUCCUAAUGCAGAAGAUGAGCUUCUAGCCCUUUUCCAUGCCUGCUAAACACUCCCAAUCCAUGUUCUUACCUUGGUUUUUGGUCUGUUCAUCGUGUAUGUCCAAGGCAGGAGCUCUGGCGCAGCUGUGAGUGCUCCCAGGACAAUUUUGAACCUCGUGGCACUGUUUCAUGGAAGCCUUGAGGUCAGUGCCAGAAUGACUUUGAUGUAUGGGGAGCUUCCACUCGCUGCUGUCUCCAAUCUAUAGGUAUUUAUGCAAUACAGUGGGAUUGUGACUGGAAACUGGCCAACUCUGGAGUCAGCCAAACCAUGUAUGGAAAAAGAGAUGUUAAUUCCUGCAGCUUGAGGCCUUCUUCCUUUUUGCCAAAAGAGAACAGAUUUUGGGGAAGCACACGCUCCACUGCCCAGAAGGGAAGGGCUUUAGCAGCUCAAGGCACAUGAAUUUCAACGGGACUUAAAGGCCCGGACGGAAUCACUGCAGAAAAGGUUUUCCUCUGGGUUCAGGUAUUACGGGGUGCAGAGUGACACAGUGUUUGUGCAUACACAGAGCCUGCAUAUCUUUGUGGUUUCUGAAGCAACGUGUCUAGACUAGCUGCAGCUACAGUCUCCUGUCACUGUCCAGUUGCAAUGCAGUAGUUAUGUCAGAGAUGAGAAUUAGGUACUGUGCCCUGUAGAGUUUAGGUGGAUGCUCUUAGUCUGUUACAGCACUUCAGGUAUCGCCACGUGAAAUCACACAGCCCUCCUCUUAAAAGAAUGCUUGAACUGCAUGCCAUCCUAUUGAAAUACUGAGCACUGAUUAAAUGUGAGAAAUAAAUACUGAAAGCCCAGCACUUUUGCCAGUGGAGUGGUGGUGGUCUGCAGGAGUCUCGGUGCUUUAGGAAGAGCAGCCGUCUGUGGUUAGUGCUGAGGAAUGGUGAAGGUGCUGUACGGCAAGUAGAACUAUGUCUUUAAAGAAGUCUGUACUGAAAUGAACUUGGAGGGAGGGAAGGAGGAAAGGACUGAAGAAUUUCUACAGAAGCAGAGUGGAUCCAACUGAAAGCAGGGUAGGGAAUCAUUAGGCAAAAUCUUAAAAUCCAUCUCCUGUUUUUGAGGGUUGGAAUAGACCUCAACCCUCCAACCCUUUUUUAGGGUUGAAAGCAGAUCCCAAGAGAUUCCUAGCAGGGAUGCAAGGUUGGGAAUGGGACUGAGUCACAAGGUUGAUGCUGGUAGCUGAGAACAGGCAUGCAGGAGCAGGGCUUGAGCUCCCCAUUCCCAGCCUCAGCUUUGAUGAGGCUGACUCUGCGACAGCAGAGAUAUCAGUGAGUUUCCUGGGGCUUUAUGCUCCCCUCUGCCAAAUGGGCAGUCUGUUGACACGUUGCCCCUCUCAAGUGCAUCAAGAGAAUUGCCACAUACCGAGCUCGCAGGAGUCCUCAGCAAGAGGUGCUGCCUGAAUGUCAGGUAGAAUUGUGCCAUA